AUGGCAUUUGAACGAAAACAUGUUUCGAGGCUUGUGCCUGCAGAUCACAAGAUUCUCAUGCCUCUCCUUCUGGCAGUGACUAUCGUUAAUUCGGCUACACUGGGUUACGACUCAUCCGUCAUGAAUGGCCUCUUGAUUCUCCCGUCAUACUCCGAAUACUUCCACCUGACAACCGCCACAGAAGGUCUCAACAAUGCGGCCAACUGGAUGGGCAGCAUAUUCGGUGCCUUUCUCAUGGGUCCUAUUCCCGAUCACUUCGGCCGUCGACGUGCAAUCUACAUCGCAUCGAUCGUAACAACAAUAGGCAUUAUCUUACAAGCUGCAGCUCAAAAUAUUCCAAUGUUCGUGGUUGCGCGUUUCCUUGUUGGCGUUGGAUCUGCCAUCAGCAAUGGAGCAGCACCGACCCUACUCGGUGAACUACUACCUCCCCGCAGACGCGCCCGUGUCCUUGGUCUCUUCUUUUCCUGCUUCUAUGUCGGCAGCUUAGCGUCAGCUAUUAUAAAUUACGGGAGCCAGAACAUAAAAAGCACGUGGGCCUGGCGAUUACCUUCUUUGCUACAGUUUGUUCCCAGCUUAUUGGCCGUCAUGAUUGUUCCCUUCGUCCCAGAAUCUCCACGAUGGUUGAUCUCCAAGGACCGUAACGAAGAAGCCGUUGAAGUUCUUGUUAUUAUGCAAGGGAAGGACAAGACAGACCUCCAGAAGGGCAGUGAGCAGCUAGAAGAGAUCAGGAGCACAAUCUUGCGUGAAGCCCAAGAAUACCCUCGCAAUCCUUGGAGGGAAAUUAUCUCCAGUGGGCCCAACAGGCGCAGACUGGCUAUUCUGUGCACCUUUGGGCCCAUGAUCAACUUAUUCGGAAACUUCAUCAUAUCUUUCUACCUCACCAAAAUCCUCAAUCAGGCCGGCAUUACCAACACAACUACUCAAACGCAGAUCCAGGUCAUCAUCAACUGCUGGUCAUUCGCUGUGGCUGUACUUGGUAGCUUUAUGCUGGACAUUCUCGGGCGCAGACUACAGACCUUUAUUGGUGUUGGCGGCAUGGUUGUCACUCUCUUGCUCAUCGGUGGUCUUAUCAAGCGCUUUGGCGAAAGCACCAACAACUCCGCGAUAUAUGGGACCAUUGCUGUCAUAUUUCUCUUCCAGGGCUUUUAUGCCUUUUCGAUCACGCCAAUGACAAGCUUGUAUCCAACCGAAGUCUCGCCAUUCAAGCUACGUGCUACAGGCAUUGCCAUCUUCCGCAUGCUUGAUUCAAGUGCUGGUCUUCUUGCUUCCUUUGCCAUGGCGUACGCAAUGGCCGACCUGGGAUGGAAAUUCUACUUCAUCAACGCUUCAUGGGACUUCAUCUUUCUCAUCAUUGCUUACUUCACCUUCGUGGAAACCAAGGGUCUGGAACUUGAAGAGAUCAACGCGAAAUUCGGAGACUCGACAGUGGUGGAGGCUGUGGUGGAAGAUUCCGCAUCUAAUGACAUGGGUAGUAAGGAUGAGGACUGGACGGUGAAGAUGCAGCCCCAGUAA